AUCAGUGCUACAAGUAUUCCAUAUUGCCCGCUUUUAUUCAUUUGGUUGAUUCACCUUACAUUAGCACGAUUCAUUUCACUGUUCAUUUCAUAGUAUCCAUUUAUUUCACUCUUACUUCAUGUUAUUUCAUUUCCACUUACCACAUCCGGGUACGUUUCCUCUUCAGUUUUCUGACCAAUCAGAGCACGCGCUCAUUCAAAAAUGGUUUCCUCGCAAAAGUUUCUUCGUUCGUGGAUUUUUGUGCAAAACAAAGUUGAUUUUAAAAGGCUUUUAAAAGUUCAAAGUCCUUGUAUAAACAUCGUUUAAAUGCCCCUUGGUCAAAGACCGCCAGUCGCCAUCUUCACACAAAUUCCGCAUGAAGAGGAGACACCAUGUCUGUAUGGAGACACGAACGGAUUCGCCAGAAGUAGACGCCAGUCAAAUUAGCCUUCAAGGAAGUGUUCGAUUUGUUUGACAGCAAUGGAGGAGGAACGAUUGAUGCUGAGGAACUCGAUCUUGCCCUCAGAUCUGUGGGAAUAUGUCUUAGCGAAGAUGACAUUAUUGGCGUUCUGGAAAGCAUGGACAAGGAUGGUAACGGUGAAAUCGACUUUGGCGAAUUCCUUAACUUGAUGACGAACACAGAAAAAUUCCUGGAAACAUUUGAAGACUCAAGUGGCAGUGGUUGCUUAGAAACGGAAAAUCGUCACCGUGAGAUAAUGCUGUUCGAGGCCCUCACUCAGUUUAUGAAAAAUUCGGCGUUGCAUUCCAUGGAAGAGAUAGUCGGUUAUUUCCACAGUAAAUAUAAGCGUUCCCAGGCCCCUCACGUGGUCGGCCAUUACGCGGCAGGUGCCCGACUUAUUGGCCUGACCGAAAAACAACUUCAAAAGCACAUGGAGAGAAUUCGUGCCUCGAACGCGAACUCUACCUCACCGUACGCGCAGCCGCUGUACAACCUGAAGCCGAGUUUGGCGGCGCGAAAGCGGAUUGGCAAAUCACCGCUGUCCAAUUGCCUGCAGGGCAAUAAUGGAAAGAUUCGAUUGAAGUUCAAAAUUGACGACAUCAAGAAGAAGUCCCUGGAAACUAAGACUGCGAAUGAGAUAUCCGGUGUGAAAAGUGCGGCGGAGUUGAGCGAACCACUGAUCAUUGACACCGUGAUGAAGAAGCCUCGACAACCGAAUAUUAAACGAAAUGGUUGGGUCAGCCAAAAAGCACAACCUUUAUCAGUACAUUUACCAACGGUGCCUUUGAAACCAAAGAAACGUGGAAUCGGAGGGAAAAAAGCACUAUUAACCUUUGAUGAUCUGCCAGCUAUUAGAAAAAAGGUCGAGAAAGCCAGAGUGUCUUAUUACAAGCAAGUGUACUUAAAGAAAAAAGCCGAAGCUCAACAGCAUUGGGAAUCGUUAGGCACGGAACUUAUAACAUCGCCCGUUUGUAAGGAAAGAUUUCGUAAGGUUUUUCAGGCCUAUACUGCAUUUCCUUGACAUCACAACCACAACGCAACAAAAGCACAGCGCUAAAAAAAACAGACGAAGCGUUUUCGCAUGCUGGUACCUCAUAAAGUGCAGUUAUAGCUGAGAAACAAAUCAGAAUUUCAGUGUUUGAAAACUUCAUCAAAACCCACAC